UUCAUUCUAUAAAAACACUACAUGCCAAACUCCCAGCUUCCAUAUAUUGACAACUCCUUGGCCGGCCAUUCCACAUGUAUGUCACACUCCAUCCCCUCUCUCUCUAUAUCUAUCUUCUUCUGUAAAACACCUUCUGUAGCCUUCAAAAUUCUCUGGGUUAGCUUCUGACUCUCUAGCCUCCCUCCAUGAACCCAUCUGAUCAUCUGCUGAAAAGUGGAAAAGUCUGUAUUGAUUCAGAGAAUGAAGAGUCCCUUUUGCCCAAUUUGACUUUUAACCUUUUUUUUUUUGGGUUGUGGGUUUUUCUCAGCUGUCCUUUUUUUUGCUGCCCGUGGGAAGAUCAAUAAAUCUUGAUUGUAAAAGCUGAUCAGUCUUUUUUCCUUCCUCUGAUCUGCAAUACAAAAGUGAGAAUUAAUCCAUCGCUUUCUGUUUUAAUAUUGAAAUGUGUUAAAUAUAUCUUUCAAUUUGGUAUCAAAGCUCAAUGGUUCAGUAGUAGUAGGCAGUAUUUGGGAGAAGAAGAAUAGUGUAUUGACCCGUCUCUUUCUUUCUUUUUAAUUUGGUUCUCCCCAUCAUCAACGUAACUCUAUUUGUAUGCGUGUCAAGUAAGUAAUCUAGCAUUUAGGUAGGUUUGGUUUUUGUAAUUUUGAGUUUGGGUUUCAUGAUGCAAUUCACGGAGACCUUGCCGGCGCCGUCAUCGCACCAAAUCUCAGCGUUCUCUGGCCUUGUGACGAACAAAAAUCAGGUUCAUCGGACGCGACCAUGGCCGGGAUUCCCGACAUCGUCCAAGAACCUAGGAACCAUCGGGGAUCCUAACUGCAUGGAGCAGUUGCUAGUCCACUGUGCGAACGCGAUCGAGAGCAACGACGCCACUUUGGCUCAGCAGAUCUUGUGGGUCCUCAACAACAUCGCCACCCCCGACGGCGACUCCAACCAGCGCCUCACUUGCGCCUUUCUGCGCGCCCUCAUAGCCCGCGCCGCCAUGAGCGGCACCUGCAAGCUCCUCGCCGCCAUGGCCGACCUCCACCCCGGCCUCAACCUCAACAUGAUGAACACCCACAGAUUCUCAAUCAUAGAGCUCGCCAGCUUCGUUGACCUCACGCCCUGGCACCGCUUCGGCUUCACCGCCGCCAACGCCGCCAUAAUAGACGCCGUGGAGGGCUACUCCGUGGUUCACAUUGUCGAUCUAAGCUCCACCCAUUGCAUGCAGAUUCCUACUCUUAUCGACGCCAUCGCCGCCCGCCCUGAAGGCCCGCCGUUGAUCAAGCUUACACUCGCCGCCGCCGCCGAGGACUUCCCGCCUAUGCUCGAUCUUUCCUACGAGGAGCUCGGCGCCAAGCUCGUCAACUUCGCCAGGUCCCGAAACGUGGCGUUAAAUUUCACAGUCGUCCCCUCCACUCCUUCCGACGGUUUCUCCUCAUUGAUCCAGCAACUCCGGCUGCAAAACCUCGUACGAGCCGAAACCAGCGAGGCACUCGUGAUAAACUGUCACAUGAUGUUACACUACAUUCCCGACGAAACCCUGUACGAGAAUUCCCAUUCUCAAUCCUCCGCCGCCGGCGCCGCCUCAUUCCGGACAAUGUUUCUCAAAUCAAUCCGAAGCCUAGACCCGACAAUCCUUCUCCUAAUCGACGAGGACGCCGACUUCACCUCCAACAACCUCGUCUGCAGACUAAGGUCGGCCUUUAACUACCUAUGGAUUCCGUACGACACGGUGGACACGUUCCUUCCCAGAGGGAGCAAGCAACGGCAGUGGUACGAGGCCAACAUCUGCUGGAAAGUGGAGAACGUGAUAGCCCAUGAAGGCCUCCAGAGAGUGGAGCGGGUGGAGCCCAAAACCCGGUGGGUGCAACGCCUGAGGAACGCCAAUUUCAGAGGCGUCCCGUUCUCCGACGACGGCGUUUCCGAAGUGAAGAACAUGCUGGACGAGCACGCCGCCGGCUGGGGACUCAAGAGAGAAGACGGCGAUGUUGUGCUCACCUGGAAAGGCCAUAAUGUCGUGUUUGCCACUGCUUGGAUCCCCAACUAGUUAGUUAACAUCAUGUUGCAUUGUUCGUUAACUUCAUCAAUUAGGAAAAUUCGCAGCUUAGGUUGAAGGUCAAUAGGCCAAGAACUUGAACUUGUAAACUUCUUAUUACAAGUAGUAAACAGUUUGACAAACUUGAUUAGGAUUAUCCUCCUGAGUUAACUACUGCUAAUCAUGCUAGGUAGUUCUACCUCGUACUGCUUUCAUUUCAUCAUCAUUAACCAUUUUU